UUGUGGGUGGGAAAUAAAAGUGACACGCAGCUCUCUGGCUGCUUCAACACUGAUAAAGAACUAGUGACACAUUAACUAAUUAACUUCCUAAAACCAGGAGAAACAUGCUAAGAGCAGCUCUGGUGAGGAUCGUAUUGUGGCUGAGAACAUGUCUGACAACGUCCAGAAGGCUUCAAGCAGCAUUCUGUGUGACAUGUGCACAGAGGAGGACAGGAAAGCAGCACGGAAGACCUGCAUGAAAUGUGAGAUCUCCAUGUGCGUCCAGCACCUGCAGGCCCACCUGACCACACCUGUGUUGCUGCAGACCCAUCCUCUGACUGAGCCCAUGGCUAUAGAUGGAAACACCAAAUGUCCUCAGCACGGCAAGCUUCUGGAGUACUACUGCCUGGAUGACAAGACCUGUGUUUGCGUCUCCUGCGCCAUUGAGGACCAGCACCGCCUACACAACAUGAAGACCUUCUCCACGGCCCACAAAGAGCUCCUGGAGAAGCUGAAAGCUGAGCAGGAGGCCUUACAAGUGAAAACCGAGGAUGACAACAUGAGUCUGGAGAAGUGGGAGAAGAGUGAACGAGAGAAGGUGGCCCGCUGCAGCGUGCGCCUCAUCGAGGCCGUGACUAAUCUGAGGGACGUUUCUCUGACCAGCGUCCAGAGUUCGGUCUCUGCUCGGAUGGUGUCCAUCAGAACCAGCAGGAGCAGCAUGGAGGCAGCCCAGAACGAGAAGGACACCUUCAGGUUCCUGCAGAUGUACUCUCAGGUGAACCAGGAUGUGGAGAAGGCCAAGGCCGUGGAUCUGAGGAAAGGCUUGGAGCCUGGCAGCCAUCGGGACAAACUGGUUCUGGAGAUUAGACAGAAUGGGGAGAAGAUGGUGAACCAAGCGUCCAACUUUCUAGAAUCAUUGUUGUCCCUGGUUGAUCCAGAAAGUCAGCAGGACCUCAAUGCUUCUUCAGAUCUGAUCUUUGAACCCCAGUCCCCCAAUUGCUGCAUGUCUCUGUCCAGUGACAAAAGGACAGUUUUCUACAACAGCGACCUGGGUCAAUGUUCUGCCACUCUUCUAAUCCGCAGCACCCUGGCAGUUCCCAUCUACCGGAGAUGGAUGCUCGGUCUCACUGAUGAGGCUGAUUGGAUGAUUGGUUUGUGUGACAAACAGUCUGCAGGAAACCUGAAGAAUGGACCGGUCUAUGGUCUGAGGUAUGAAGAUAAACGCCUGAGUUGGGUUACAACAAAGUACCAUAAUGGGCCUUAUGCUUCUUCCAAUUCAUCGGUUUUUGAGUAUAACGAUGAUGACACCACAACAACAGGAAAGCAACUUCAAGUUUGCUCCACAUCACUCACAUCUGAGAAAAAGGAUGGAGAUGAGGAGGACCAGCGACCUGAAAUGGUGGAAGUGUUUUGGGACUUUGUGGCCUCCAGACUCUCCUUCUUCAGCAGAAGUGGACAGUACCAGAGAAAGGCAAUAAUCACGAUUGAGACGACACCCAACAACUGGGAUCUAGUGCCAUUUGUUCGCCUGGGGAAGGAAAAUGUUGAGAACACCUCCCAGCCUGAUAGAAAAUGCUCAUGUGGAAGGUCUUCUCCAUUUUAUCAGACAAAUUGCUCCCGCUGUGGAAAAAAGUUUAGUGACCUGUUCACUUCAGAAGUUGUUUGUGAGCUUUGCUAAACUGUUUGCAGUUUGUUCAUCCUUGCUGUUAAUACCAAUGGGUGAGUGAAACUGUAAUUAUCAUACCUGAUAAUUAUCUGUGAAUAUAUUCUAAAAGAUAAUCAGAAGUGGAUUAAUGAAAGCCUUGAAUGUUUUUCUUAUACAUCCAUCUGUAAUCAUUCAUCAUCAUGCUGAUGCGUCAGCGUGCUUUUAGAUUGUUUUUUUUAUGCAGCCACAUUAUGUAACAAAUACUUUAUUCCCCAUUCUAUCAAUUUAAUCUCUGUCUUCAUCUAGUGUUAGUUAAAUGCAUGCAUGCAAUUUUACUUCACAACAAUGUGAAUCGCAAAAAAUAUCGUCCAGCAAAAAACAUCGUCCAGCAAAAAACAUCACACUAAUGUGUAAGAGAGAAAAUAAAGUAAAAAAGUAAAGUAAUUAUCUUCCUUUUGUUUAAUUUUUCUUUCAAUGCGUUUUCUCAAGACUAGGGAGAAAUAAUUAUGGAAAGAAUAAGUCCAUAUUAUAAAUGAAGCUAAAAAGAAACU